AUGGCGUCCCCGGCGCUGGCGGCGGCGCUGGCGGCGGCGGCGGCGGCGGCGGGGCCCAACGCGAGCGGCGCCGGCGAGGGGGGCAGCGGCGGGGCCGCCAACGCCUCGGGCGCUGCGCCGGGGGCCGCUUGGGGGCCGCCUGGGGGCCAGUACUCGGCGGGCGCCGUGGCGGGGCUGGCUGCCGUGGUGGGCUUCCUCAUCGUCUUCACCGUGGUGGGCAACGUGCUGGUGGUGAUCGCCGUGCUGACCAGCCGGGCGCUGCGUGCGCCGCAGAACCUCUUCCUGGUGUCGCUGGCCUCGGCCGACAUCCUGGUGGCCACGCUGGUCAUGCCUUUCUCGCUGGCCAACGAGCUCAUGGCCUACUGGUACUUCGGGCAGGUGUGGUGUGGCGUGUACCUGGCGCUCGACGUGCUCUUCUGCACCUCGUCCAUCGUGCACCUGUGCGCCAUCAGCCUGGACCGCUACUGGUCGGUGACGCAGGCCGUCGAGUACAACCUGAAGCGCACACCGCGCCGCGUCAAGGCGACCAUCGUGGCCGUGUGGCUCAUCUCGGCUGUCAUCUCCUUCCCACCGCUCGUCUCGCUCUACCGCCAGCCCGACAGUGCCGCCUACCCGCAAUGCGGCCUCAACGACGAGACGUGGUACAUCCUAUCCUCCUGCAUCGGCUCCUUCUUCGCGCCCUGUCUCAUCAUGGGCCUGGUCUACGCGCGCAUCUACCGCGUGGCCAAGCUGCGUACGCGCACGCUCAGCGAGAAGCGCGCGCCCGCGGGCCCCGACGGUGCGUCCCCAACCACAGAGAACGGGCUGGGUGCGGCAGCAGGCGCGGGCGAGAAUGGGCACUGCGCGCCCCCGCGCCGCCCGUGCGCCGACGUGGACCCGGAGGACAGCAGCGCGGCGGCUGAGCGGCGGCGACGCCGGGGUGCGCUGCGGCGGGGCGGGCGGCGGCGCGCGGGCGGUGAGGGGGGCGCGGGCGGCGCCGACGGGCCGGGGCCCGGGCCCGGGCCGGGGCCAGGGGCGACCGAUUCGGGCGCUCUGGCUGCCGCGAGGUCCCCGGGCCCCGGCGGGCGCCUGUCGCGCGCCAGCUCGCGCUCCGUCGAGUUCUUUUUGUCGCGCCGCCGCCGGGCGCGCAACAGCGUGUGCCGCCGCAAGGUGGCCCAGGCGCGCGAGAAGCGCUUCACCUUCGUGCUGGCGGUGGUCAUGGGCGUGUUCGUGCUCUGCUGGUUCCCCUUCUUCUUCAGCUACAGCCUGUACGGCAUCUGCCGCGAGGCCUGCCAGGUGCCCGACCCGCUCUUCAAGUUCUUUUUCUGGAUCGGCUACUGCAACAGCUCGCUCAACCCGGUCAUCUACACCGUCUUUAACCAGGACUUCCGGCGUUCCUUUAAACACAUCCUCUUCCGACGGAGGAGAAGGGGCUUCAGGCAGUGAGCUGCGCGCCCGGCCCCACGCAGACCCUGGACAGCUCCAGGCGGCGACGUGGGAAGGCUUGGCCCCCCAGGAGAAAGCGGGGGCAGCUUCCCCAGAGACCCAGGGAUGGCUUGGCCUCUAGGGCGGAGGGGAGGGUAGGGCAGGGCAGGAGUGUGGGCUGAGAGGCAGCAGGGCCCCCGGGGAGGGGGGGAGGAGAGAGGGGGGACCCCUCUGCCUUCCCAUCUCAGCAAAGGGCUGCUUCUGGGCCUUCGGCCCGGAUCCGGCUCUGGGGACCCCUGCAGAGGUGCGGCUGUGAGGUCAGGGUCUUAGACAGCAGAAGUGAAUGCAACCUCCCAAACAGGAGAGAAAGGAGCUCCCCCAACACACACCACUACCCGGAUCCAUCUCUGAGCAAGGGCUGACUUCCCCAGGACCUAGUGGGGGCGGCUGUCUUGGGGGAGGAAAGAGGCACUGACAAUCUUUGAUUAUUGAAAGUAUUUAAGUGUUUGCCAAAAAUGACAGCCAAAACAACCAAACUAUUUUCUAAAUAAACCUUUGUAAUCUAAUGUGGGGUGCAGCUAUCAGUCCUUCAGCCGUCAGUGGGGGUGGGGUUACCUUCCAGACUUGACCCUGUCUAACGCCCCCCGGGGGUGGAAGGAGGACACUCCAGGUCUCCAGAUUCCAGCACCCCCUCUUGCAGGAGAAGGAGGGGGGGGUCUUUUUUUUUUUUUUUUUUGAUAUG